GGCAUCUCAAACUAUGGAGCAUAGACGAGGAGGAGGUCGUUUUGGAAGAUCUAGACCCAAGUGUUCUUAUUGUCACAAACUUGGACACACUCGUGAAAUGUGCUAUUCCUUACAUGGUCGUCCACCCAAAAAUGCUUACAUUGCUCAGACCGAGACUCCAGGUAACCAAGGAUUUUCUUUAUCUAAAGAAGAAUAUAAUGAGCUCAUUCAGUAUCGAGCAAGUAAGCAGACAUCUCCACAAGUAGCCUCAGUUGCUCAGACUGAUACUUCUGUCACUGGACCGCAGUACGGGACAGACAAUUGGUACAGGACGUGAAUCAGAAGGCCUUUACUACCUUAACUCACUCAGUCCUUCCACAACAUGUCUAGUUA